AUGGCGUGGCGUUUGCGACGUUUGGAUUUUGCUCCAUUUCCUGCGCAUCCCGUGUAUUUGUAUGAACGCACGUUCGCGCUUGACUCUGGCGCAUUCCUGUGGUUUGUAUGGGCGGUCUGCUUGACUGUUUCCUGCGUUGCACGGCUCUUUGUUUGCCUCGUUGACAUCUCUUUGAUACGUUCCUGCUUGUUGCUCGCUUUUCACGGGCUUCUUGUCACCCCGAAGAUCACCAUAAUCUCCUCCGACUCCUCCACAUCAAAGAAUUCCCCACCGCAAAAACUUAGUUGUUAUGGCGUGGCGCUGCUGAGCACGAGGACCUGGGUUCGAUCCCGACAGCGGCUACCGCAUUCAAAAGACUGUAUGGCCACUGGCACCUCUCGUGUCUUAGCAACAUGGUGCACAGGCUGCCGGGACGCCAUGCGCUUUGGCAUGUGGAGCAAUAGCUUGCCUUUAGGAACGUGGACACAACACUAUUCCGAAUGGAGGCAUCGUGGCUGCUCUGGGUACUUCACAGGCCGGCGCACCCGGUGGCCUGAGCGCAGCUCCAGGGAGAACGGCAUGCUGGUGCUGCACUAGGAUCGAGGAGUACCUCCACCACUUAAAAGGACGGAACGAGACCGAACGCUGUUAUUAGG